UUUGUUUUAUUUUGCGGUUAUCGGCUCCACCGCCCUGUUCGUUCGUUCGUUCGUAAACCUAACCUUCUUCUCCCUUUCCUCUUCCUCUUCCCGCAAAACCCUAGUUUUGCGAUCCCUCCAUGGAAGCGGAGGUGGUGAGCUCGGAGAUGGUGUUGCCGCCCACGCUACCCUUCAAGCGCGUGCAAAUGUCGGAGAAGUACCCGAAGGGGCAAUCGCGCGGUCGCCAUUGGAAGCAUCUCAAGCAGAUCCUCCAAGCCGAGAACUACAUCUCCUACUCACCCGACGAACCCAACUACGUAAAUAUUGAGUCGCCUCCAUCCAUGUACCCAUCCAAGAAAUAUUGUGACAUAACGGGAUUUGAGGCACCAUAUGCAGAUCCAAGGACGAAUCUUCGGUAUGUGAGUCCGGAUGUCUUCAAGCGCAUUAGAAUGCUUCCUAACGAGUAUGUACAGAGAUACCUGACGUUAAGGAAUGCCGCUGUCGUGCUAAAAUAGAAUGUUGGUUUUCCUUGUUAGAGAUCUAGCUUCGUCUGAGAUACAACUUUGUGGAUAAUAGUGAUGCGCGGGAAGAGAACAGAUCAUUACAAAUGUCAUCAGCUCUGCACAGUGAAAGUUUUCAACGGAUGGAUAAUAUACAAACACUUUAAUUUGAUGGAUCUCAUCUCUUAUUGUAAUCAUGAAUGUUUUAUAUAGAUUUAAUAAUUCUGUUCCUGUGAGACAAUGUUCUCAGUUCGAUGUAACAACACGAACAUAUCUAUGGUUCCCGAAACGUGUGUUAUUAUGCUUGUGACUUA